AUGGGAUCGACCGGUAAUACCACUUCAUCAUUCAUCGAAGGAGCCCCCCCAGGCGAGAUCCAAGACGUGGUCAAGGACAUCAAGAUCCUCGCUUCGGACGACGACCCAGCCCUGAUUGCGAAGCUGAAGCCGGCGUUUGAGAAGUACAAUGAGGACCAGAUGGUCGCCGUGAAGCUGCCAGGCGCAAGCGACUACGUUCUCAUAUCGUCACACAACAAACUGCCGCCCUCGGGCCAAUCUCAAUACUACGACAGCGCAUCCUCGACGUCCUUCAGCUUCGACCACACGUCGCAGAAACCCUCGUCGCCGCAAUCCUACACCCACGACACACAGCACUCGUCGCUGAUUUCCUCGCUGUUAAAACUCCUCGCCGCGCACGUCGCCGAGCACUACCCUCCUACGUCCUCCCCGUCGGCGUAUACCGUCUGCGCCACACCCGAUGACUCCAAGGUCGCGAUCCUGAUCAGCAGCCUGAAAGCCUCGCCGAAGAACUUCCUCAGUGGCCGGUGGAGGACGAGCUUCCUGUACGACCCCUCGGCAAACACCCUCUCCGGAGAGAUCAAAGUCAAUGUGCACUAUUACGAGGACGGUAACGUGGCGCUGGCGACGUCCAAAUCCUUCUCCGACGUCUCGGUGGAAGGUAGUGGGAACGCAGACAGUGUGAUUCGCAAACUGGCGGCGAUUGAGAAACAGUAUCAAGAGGAGGUGAAUAGGACGAUUGUGGGCAUGAACGAGACGAGUUUCAAGGCGCUGAGACGGCAGUUGCCCGUCACGAGGCAAAAGGUUGAGUGGGAGAAAAUCCGAGGUUAUGGGCUUGGAGGGGAUUUGAGAGGCGAGGGAAAGAGGUAG